AGGUGACUGAUUCAGGAUUCCAUUUGGUUACGAUUCUAUUGAGUUUGAAAUAAAUCCGAAACAAAAUGUCCAUGACAGCAGAAAGUUGAAUCUUUCUACUUGUUAUCAUACAGCGUUCUUUUCUGAAAUAGGUCCUCGAUCAUCAUUAUGAUCGUCAGUCACUACUAAACGCUCACAUAAGUAGUGCUCUUUCAUUAUUGGAAUAUGCUGUCCCAGGUUUAUGCGCUGUGUAUGAUUUGGGUCCCCGUUUGUAUAAUUUCUUCUCAUGUAAUCGUCUACACUUGCAAACGAAGGCAAUAUUUUGAUAGCAUGAUUGCGAUGAGGGAAUCAUGUAAUUCCCCUGAAACAAAAUGUGCAUUUGUUUUUUGUAUGUUGAUGCCGCGCCACUGCUUAACCUAUGAUGACCUCUUUGUAAGAUUAUAACGUAAUGCUACUUUACUGCUUUACCGGUGGUUACUUCCAUCAGCCAAUCAGACAUAGAGCUCGUUUGGCGCAUUCGAUGAUACGGACUUGGGGAAUCACCUCAAACACUGAUAGUGGUACUGGCGAGAGCUUUUUACUGUACAACAGUUAUUUGUUGUACAGUAAAAGUACAGUUAUUUGUUGAACCUUGAGCGGACCAGGUCUGCUCAGUGAAUUCAAGGAGUGAAACAAGUGCAAUUAUGGAACGUACGAAGCGAGAUUCGCAGAGGCUGUUGGAGCUGUUUUUUGGCGAUGAAGUAGAACUGUUCACUGAGAACAUAUUUGAUCAACGUACGCUUCUUGUGCGCCAACAACGAAAUGUGCACUGUUUCCGGCUGGAAAAUGAAACCAAUCAGUCAUCCUGGAAGCUUUUGUGGUCUCGGGAGAACUUCCUGGACAGCGGGGCAAGGCAAAGAUUGUUGAUCACCAAUUCCGGUUGGCUGUUAAUCCGAACUAGCAAUGGAAUGAAAUUCUACCGCUUGGAAGGGCAAGAUUUGACACCGAAAUAUUAUACUACGGAUGCGCGGUACCGUUCGAUGUACGGAUGGGAUAAGCAGGAAACCGUGGUGCUGAUGGGACACUUCUAUGCCGAUCGGGAACGAAUUGGAGUGCUUAGCCGUAACAAACGUGGUGAAGUGCGGUUUGAGCAGAUGGUCGAAAGUGUGGUACUGGAUGGUGGCAUUCAACCACUAUGGACAUUGAGCGAAUCGCAUGUGACCGUUCCCGCCGCAUGGAAGCAGUCAUCAACGCACCUAUCAUUGGCGAAGCUUGAUAACAGCGGGCAGUUGGUUAUCGUAGAACGUGCCGCUCCAGGGCUGAUUAACGUACACAAGUUCAACGAAAACCUGAAACUUCAAACGAUCGCCCACUCGGAGGGAGUAGCUUACAGCGGGCCAGAUAAGGAGAUCAUUGCAUUUGGCAAUAUCUUUAGUAACGGUGAUGGCAUGGAUUUAAUACAUCUAAGUUCUGCAGGGCUGACGCUUUUCCAACGCACGGGAACUUCCUUUCAAGUCGUGCUCCAAGAUUAUCCGCUAAGUAGUUCAAUGUCCGGUUGGGAGAUGAAACAUUGGCGCACAGCUGUUUUAAUGGACGUGGAUGGUGAUGGUAGCGACGAACUUUGGAUAUCCGGUCCGCAGGGCAUCGUAGGGUUUCGAUUAUCGGAUGUUGGUGUUCAAAAUAUGGCCGAUGUCUUCGAAUACCCGGAUGAUGUACGGUAUGCGCGUACGAUGGCUUUGCUUCUAGAUGGUUUAAAUCCACCAAUAUUACUGUCAGCCUCAGGAAGAUCACUCAACUCGUUUCGACUUAAAGCUUCAACUGCUAACCAAACGCAAAUCUCCGAACCUAGCAAGGAAGGAGUAAACACGGAUGAAAUGGAAUCUUCGGAUUUACUGUUUACCAUUAAACCUCAUACCGGUCCGAAGGUGCAGCUUUCCCUAGCAGAACAGCUUGACACGUCGAUGCUGGCUGAUCCGAUUAAUCCUUUUCUUGGGAAUCUCAACUUUGCGCUGCCUCUGCUUAAAGUUGGCGAACUUUUCAGCCUUCCAACGAUGAAGUAUGUCUUCUAUCAGGAAACGGAUAGUGACGGUCCGAUGGGGCGAGGUUGGUCCCUGCCGGCGGAUUGCGUAUUUAUCGAUCGUCGUAAUAGCAUCUUCUUAGAAGACCAUCGGUACUAUCUACUAAGGAGCGGUUCGGUGACGAUGCUCACGCCAAGGGAAAGCAACGCGAUAACCUUCGAUCUAGCAGGUAGCCCUGAUACGAGCGUCACUUUCAAUCGCACCUUGAACCAAUGGGUGAUCGUAAACGAGCAGAAGGACGUGUUCACCUACGGUACCCACGGUACAAGUCAGUUCAUCAAGAUGGAUAUCGGAUCGGAGAAUUGGCCUUUUCCGUUGGAUGCAAAGAAGUAUAGCGACCAUAAGGAUACACAUAUGCCAUCCGUAUGGUAUCUAGUCCAUCACAGCGAUCGCAUGGGUGAUCAGUGGCUACAAUACUCAUACAUCAAGGAAUCUGGUGAAGAAGAUUUGCUACUAUGCACGAUAACUACGAGCAGUGGAGGAUUGCUUCAGCUAUCUUACACGGAGCUUUUUAGUAAAAUUAUGUUCACCAAUUUUAGUAUCACUACUCCUAACUACAGCCAAUCCGUGGACUUGAGCUAUGUACAAACCGAUGACCAGAUACGGCUUCGUAGUAUUUCUCAGCUCGGUAAAGCCGUUAUGCAGUUCACAUACCGUGGUGUUGCUGGAGCUAUGAAUACACCAAAACGUGCUGAUGAACCGCUUCGAAACAUUCACCGACCCAAGGGCAGACUAUGGUCCCAGCUAUCUACUUGUGUGUGACAUUACGGAAUAUCGUCAGGUGCGAGUUCGAUUGCGCGACCAUCUUGGAUCGGAUACUAUAGCGAUUGCCGGAUCGACCCUUCCAAUGCUCGGGAAGAGACCAGUGU